AUGGUUAAGUGGUGGUGGAGAUUGAGGACUGGGGCAUCAACAAUUUGGGCUGCUGUCAUUAAUGGUAUACAUAAUUUGAACUUAAAACUAGAUGACUAUUAUGCUAAUAAUCGACUACCGGGUACUUGGAAAAAUAUUGCCGGGGUAUGUAAAGAGCUGAGAAAAAAGAACAUAGCCUCUGAAGAUGUUUUAUGUAAACGAACAAACUCUGCAGUUGAAUCUUGGACUUGUAAGCUGACUUUGGAUGGCAUUUUUGCUGUCAAUGCGCUACGAAAAAUCUGGGAUAUGAGCUUACCUAUUUCUGGGAGAAAAUUCGAAUGGAUUCGUGAAGUUCCAAUAAAGGUGGUUUGCUUUAUAUGGCGGGCGUGGCUGGGGAAAAUUCCCACUAAGUUAGCACUAGUAAAACGUGGGGUUUCCGUGGGAGAUAUAAAAUGUAGUCUUUGUGAUAACUGGGAGGAAGAUUCGGAUCAUGUUUUGGUUGGGUGUGAAUAUGCAAAAGAAGUACUGAGCUGGAUCUUUAAAUGGUGUAGUGUGACGAUGCCCCCCAAUCAGAACUGUGGUUGA